GUGGGUUUAAAUUUGUUUACAGUUGAUCAUGUAUUUCCUGAUGGAUAUCUUGUACUAUCCCGGUGUUCCUGGUUUGUUUGUUGGUAGCGUAAUGAGUGCAGUGUUAAGCACAAUCUCGUCCAUACAGAGUGCGGCAGCAGCCAUAUUUUGGGAAGACUGGCUGAAGGGAUUUUUCAAGAAAAUGCCUGCAGAAAAACAAACAAUGAUCACGAAAGGAUUAGUUGUGUUAUUUGGAGCAGCUGGAACUGGAUUGGCAUUUUUCAUGGCGACCGUAGGAGGCACUGUUAUUCAGGUUGGUUUAGCUUUCAUCGGGGCAUCCGUGGGACCGCUUCUAGGAUUGUUUUUGCUUGGUUCAGUGUUUCCUUGGUCAAACUGGAUAGGCGCCAUAGUCGGGGGUUUGACGGGUCUAGCGUUCCCGUUAUGGAUCAGCUUUGGUUCAUUGAUUAAUAAGCCACCAGUGAACUAUCUACCCACUGACAUCACGAACUGCACAAAUUACCUGAAUAUCACUGCGAAGUGGGCCUCCACGACUCCUGUACCCACGAUAGCCAGUGAGGGUUUGAACGGUCUUUAUAGUAUCUCUUACCAAUACAAUGGCUGCAUUGGCAUGGCAACCGUCGUCGUGGUGGGACUUAUUGUCAGUUUUUUAACAGGCGCAGAAAAGAUCGAAGACGCAGACCCUAAACUUAUGAUGCCGAUAUUUGAUUGGUUGUUCUGUUGCUUGCCAAGGAAAUGCUCUCGUGCACUAAGCUGUGGUAUUGACUACGAUAAAACAAAGGAAAUGAGGAAGAAAGGCGAGGAUUUCUUUCCCCCUGAGAGUGACGAGUUUGUUGAGAAAGAGAACGGCAUUGUCAACGAGAGCGCUACGAUCGAAUCCUCGAGACUUUAAUCCAACAAGCUCAUUAAUGUAGGGUGGAAAUAGUGUGGUGAACCCAGGAUCCAACCUAAGAUCCUAGGGUGAAGAUAGCUGAAAAGUUCAUAAUAUUCGUGUCUACAACUUUGAUUUAUUGGAGAUUUAUUUUUUUAUAAAGUAACUUGUUUCAUUCUUUCGUUCUGCAAUUUUUUUGUUCUAUGUGGUUUAUUUUAUAAAAUGGGCCUACAUUUCCAUUUUUUGUCCUAUGUGGUUUAUUUCAUAAAAUAGGCCUACACUUCCGAGAACAUACAGAUGAUCGCUCCUUUUAAAUAUUGUUGUUCAAAAGAUAUUUAUAUAUAUCGUAAAGACAUUCAUCUUUUUGUGGGGGCUUUACAUCCUGUCUACUUCUUAUCAUAUAGGAAUAAUUUACUUCUUUAAAAAAGGAUAUUUAAUAUUGUGGGGAUAUGACGAAGAUGUUUGAACGAAUGGACCGAAGCACGUAGAAAAUGAACUGAUGCCAGCGCAUAAUACACAUUUUACAGAUUUUUUUAAAAUAGAAGUUAGAAAUUAAAAAAGGUGUACAAUAUUUUAAAGAUAUUCUCCAUAGCAACAAUAAACUUACAAAUAAACUUUU